AUGAGCGCUCCGACGCGCGACGAGCUCCUGGGCCUGACCGUGCCCGCGCUCAAGGAGCGGUGCCGCCAAUCCGGGCGCCCGUGCUCGGGCCGCAAGGGCGAGCUCGUCGACGCCCUGCUCCGCCCCGCGCCCGGCGCCGCGCCGCGGAAGCGGCCCGCGGCCGGCGCCGCGGCCGGCGCCGCGCCGCGGAAGCGGCCCGCGGCCGGCGCCGCGGCCGGCGCCGCCGCGCCGAAGAAGGCCGCGCCGGGCCCGGGCGGGCGCGACGAGGCGGCGCGGCAUUUCGCGGCGCUGUCGCGGCGCGCGCCGAGCCGCAAGGAGAUCGAGUCGACGGAGCCCGGCGGCGCGCCGACGGUGGUGGAGCGGACGCUGCCGUCGUUCUUCGACUACUACCCGCGCGCGCGGCGGGCCCACGACGCGCUCGCGGGCGACGGGCCCGCGCGCCUCGCGCUGCUCCGCGCGUGCGCGCGCGUCGUCGAGACCGGCGACGCGGCGGCCAUGGGCGCGCUCGUCGCCGCCGCGCUGCCGCCGGACGCCGGCGACGCGGCCGCGCCCAUCGACGUCGACGCCGGCGCCGGCGCGCCGCCGGCGGCCUUCCGGUGGCAGGUCGACGGCGGCGACGCGGGCUGGCUCGACUUCGACGCGGCCUCGAACGCCGCCGCCGAGGACGCGCGGCGCCGCGGCGCCGGCUCCGCGGCGUUCACGUCGCCCUACGGGUCCUACGACCUCAACCUCGAGUUCAUGGUGCAGAUCAACCGCGCGACGGGCACGGCGCGACCCGUGCGCUACGUCCCCUAG